CAGGGAACAUUGCAAAAUUAGGCGAAUUGAUAAGCUGCUAACCCACUGAAAAGUCUAUAAAAGACCUGUGUGGGUUAUGUGGUUUUGGUACUCGUAUUUAGAAUUUUUCAGAUUUAAAAUGGCAGGCUCCAAAGGGCUGCUCGCAUUCGCCUUCACUUUAUUACUAAGCAAUGGUAUCAAAGCCUAUAAAUUCGAGGAGCCAAAAUGUGAAACAGCUGAAGAACAUUAUAUAAUGUAUCCGGCCAGUGAUCCUCGAAGCUUCUACGUUUGCCUUCCCGAUGGAAAUCCAAGAUUAGUCGAAUGUGAUGCUGGACAUGUUUUCGUGAAUGAUGAGCAGGUUUAUGGUUGUGCGCCGUUCAGCUUGUGGCCUUGCAACAAAAAUGUGGUCCCCAUUGAUUGCUCUGGAGCAGACCGCGAUACGUUAGUUCGAGCUCAGGAUCCUCAUAACUAUUGGAUUUGCGCUGCACCAAAUGGGACACCAACUGAGCUGCCAUGCCCUGAUGGAAAAGGUUUUGUAAAGAAUUCAACACACAUGGGCUGUAUUUCAUGGGACGGCUGGAGUUGCUAAGGCUUGACUUUUUUGAAUGCGCUUCCUGUUUUGAUGGAAAAGUGAUGCGGUUGCCUUGCAACCCGUGACAGUAAAAACAAAGAUAUUAAUCAGAAUUGUUCAUUGUGCUACCUUUAAUUGUGAUUUUCAGUAUUUGUGGGAAGUCAUUUCUUUAGCUUUAACUCGUAACCUUAAGAUCUAAGUUAUCUUGAACUGUUAUUCUAAAUUUCUGUAAAUAAAAAAGCUGGUCCAUUCUUU